GUUCCUAAGAUACAAAGGGAGAGAGACGGUCCUGCGUGUGCUGAAAUUGAACAAUCUUGAGUCUUCUUCCACAGAGCAUGGACUUGAAGAGUUGUGUUUGAUCUUCUUUUUCCAGGACUGGUUUGAGUGCGAUAAUGGCAAGCUUUUUGAUGAAGUAUUGAUUCAAGAUGCUAGAGAGUCCUACAACGAUUGGAAAAGUGAUUUAUCUGUGUAUUUCAAGAACAAAGGAGGAAUGCAAGCUAAGAGACCUAUAAAUGUACGAAGUGAUGAGCAAUGGCAGAAGUGUUGUGAGAGAUUCAAUUCUACGAAGUUCAAGGAAAUUUCUUCAAAAAACCUACAAAAUAGAGAAGCAAGUGAUGAUAAAAGUGGGCAUGGGAGAAAAUCAUAUGCCCAAUACAUGCACGAAAAAG